AACAGUCUCAAUUUAGGGUUCCAAUUUUCAGCUAAACCAAAUCAAAAUGAAAGCUUCAGUCAAAUUCCGGGAGGACCAGAAGCCACUGCUCCGGGCCAAAGUGCCCCUCAGCAUCUUGGGCCUCCCUUUCCAAUCCGGAAUCGUCGCCGGCGAGUCCAAGGAGCUCACUCUCAACCUCGCGACCUUCUUCGAAUCCGGACCCUCCAUCCGCGUCGCCUACCGCCCCAACGACACGUGGAAGCCCUUCUCCCUCGUCGUCAAGACCGGCACCGGCUCCUUGGGAUCUCCGAUCAACUCCUCCAUGCUGAUGUCCGCCGAGUUCAACCUCCUGGGCAACAACAACCCCAGCUUCAUGCUCCACUUCAAGCCUCAGUUUGGGGACUUCUCCGUCAAGAAGUCGUCGCAGUCGUCGGUCCUGGAUAAGAUGCUGGGCUCCCAGAACGGCGUCGUUUCGGCCGAGCCGCCGACGAUUAAGGUCGUGGAUGCGCCGGCUGGGGAGGGGCUGUUUUCUGGGAAGAGAAUUACGAUUCUGCCCUCCGAGAGUGCUGCGUCCGGGGCCGUGGCGGGUCUACUGUCCGGGAUGGAGGUCUCGGCGAGGACGUCGGUGCCGGUGAGGAGCAGGGCAGUGGUGAGCUUGCGGUGGGGGGUGAGGGUUCCGGCAGAGCUGAAGAGCGGGGAUUAUGGGACGGCGGGGAUUGCGUUUCAGAAGAUCCCGUUCCUGGUGAUGAACAAGAUCGGGAUCGAGCACGUGGACGGCGGGGAUUCGAAGGGGAGCAAUGUGAAGCCUGCCGCGGCGGCGGCGGGGGGUCAGGCUUUGACGUUUCCGGGGAAUGUGGAGGUGGCGGAGGCUUGUUUCAAUGUGAAGAGGCAGCUGGAGGCUUUGCAGAGCGAGAAUGGGUUGCUGAGGAAAGCUGUGGAGGAGCUGAGGCAGGAGAUUACCGGCGGGAGUUUUAAUUCGGGGAAGUAUAGGGGAAUGGAGAGGAGCGGUGGGCAUUGGGGCUCCGGCAACAAUGAGAAGAAAUCGCAGGAGGGAGAUGUGAGUGAGGAGUUGAAGAAGGCACUGAAGGGUGCUUGAAUUAGCCGAAAAUUCAAUACUAGGUUGUUUACCAUUUUGGUAAUGCUAUUUGGUGCUCUUAUAUGAUUUUCGUUGCUGUUUGAUAUUUUUAUGGGAGGUGUACAUUGCUGCAUAAUAAGGGUUUAGGAUGCAAUAGCUGCGGUUGGUUUAAUUUGAUAUACCAGUUUCGUGGUAGUUUCAGUGUUUUUGCUCCUGGUCAGAUGACACAGAAGUUGGUUCGCUGUGUUUCCUAUAUGUAAAUGCAUCACCUUGGUUUAAGUUGGUCA